AGCGCCAGCAGCGAAAUGAAGGAAGAAGGGGCUGGUGAGAUGGGGGGGUCAGGAAACAAGGGGACAUUUAUGCCACUGUCUCAGACGCACCAAACGUGCGCGCUGGUGUUUUGUUUGGGAUUAAAAAGGUAUUCAGGGUCGGAGCGCCAGCACAUGAUGUCACUCCACAGUAGGGUCCAUCUGGCGAUUAAAAACGCCGGGAGCUCAGGAACAGUAAACAUUAGCUGCAAGGGUUGAGAGUGAGAGAAGAGCGGUGGUGAUACACAGGGAAGGUGACUGCCUGCCUGCGAUCCUGGUUUACCCACACACAGCCUGGGAUUUAUUCCAACAACCCUCAAAGGCAAAAUGAUUCUCAGCAGCGUCUUGCUCAUCUUUAGUUUGCACCUCAGUUACCGGACCAGCUCCUGCCAACGGACCGGUGGAGAUUUCAACCACCAAAUGCUUUCUCAGAUGAAGCUAACAAACCAGGAACUGACAGAAAUUAAAGAGCUCCUCAAACAACAGGUAAAGGAGACCAUCUUUCUGAAGAACACCUUGGCAGAAUGUGACUUCUGUGGCAUCCAACGGGAGGGGAAGCAGCCGCCGAUCACCGUCUACCCGCUGGUGAAAUGCGACCCUAAUCCCUGCUACCCCGGUGUGCUGUGCUCGGAGACUGGCAGCGGCUUCCUGUGCGGCCAGUGCCCUACCGGACUCAUCGGCAACGGGAGCUAUUGUAGUGACAUGGACGAGUGCCAGACACAGCCUUGCUUCCCUGGAGUCCGUUGCAUCAAUAGAUCCCCUGGUUUUCAAUGCGACCCUUGUCCGAGCGGCUUCAGAGGCCCCAGAAUCCAGGGGACAGGGGAGACGUUUGCUCGGACACACAAGCAGGUGUGCAUGGAUAUCAACGAGUGUGACAAUGGGCGUAAUGGUGGCUGUGAUCCAAACUCCAUCUGCACCAACAACCCGGGAUCUUUCCGCUGUGGGUCUUGUAAGGCCGGGUAUGUCAGAGACCGGUUCAGAGGAUGCCAACCGGAGAGGAACUGUUCAAACGGAGCCCCAAACCCCUGCCAUCAGUUCGCACAAUGCAUCGUGGCACAGAACGGCCACAUCAGCUGUGCGUGUGGAAUCGGCUGGGCUGGAAAUGGCUACGUCUGUGGACCUGACACGGACAUCGACGGCUUUCCUGACACCGCGCUGGACUGCCGCGGCAGAGACUGCAACAAGGAUAACUGUGUGACUGUACCAAACUCUGGGCAGGAAGAUGCAGACGGUGAUGGGAUUGGAGAUGCCUGUGACAAUGAUGCUGAUGGAGACGGCAUUCUUAACAAAGAGGACAAUUGCAUUCUGAUACCUAAUGUUAACCAGAGGAACACCGACCAGGACAACUUUGGGGAUAUGUGUGACAACUGCAGACUGAUCUUUAAUAACAACCAGAAGGACAUCGAUGGCGAUGGAAAGGGAGAUGUCUGUGAUCAGGACAUGGAUGGAGAUGGAAUCCGGAACAGUUUGGAUAACUGCGAGCGUGUUCCAAACCGGGAUCAGAGGGACCGGGACAGGGAUAGGGUGGGAGAUGCCUGUGACAGCUGCCCAGACAUCGCUAACCCAGACCAGUUGGAUGCUGACCAUGACCUGGUGGGUGAUUCAUGUGACACCAACACAGACAGUGAUGGGGAUGGGCACCAGGACACCAGAGACAACUGCCCGUUGGUGAUCAACAGUGCCCAGCUGGACACAGACGGGGACGGGCUGGGUGACGAGUGCGAUGAUGACGAUGACAAUGACGGAAUUCCCGACAAACUGCCCCCGGGACCAGACAACUGCCGGCUUGUCGCCAAUCCGACCCAGCUGGACCAGGAUGGUAAUGGGAUCGGAGACAUCUGUGAAGGAGAUUUUGACGAUGACAAAGUGAUUGACGUCAUUGACGUGUGCCCGGAGAACGCCCAGAUUACACUCACCGAUUUCCGAGCCUUCCAGACAAUAGUGUUGGACCCUGAGGGAGAUGCACAAAUCGACCCAAACUGGAUUGUCUUAAACCAGGGGAUGGAGAUAGUGCAGACGAUGAACAGUGACCCAGGCCUCGCCGUUGGGUACACGGCUUUCAAUGGUGUGGACUUUGAGGGAACGUUUCAUGUGAACACUGUGACAGAUGAUGACUACGCUGGAUUCAUCUUCGGCUAUCAGGACAGCUCCAGCUUCUAUGUGGUGAUGUGGAAACAGACGGAGCAAACCUACUGGCAGGCCAAUCCCUUCCGCGCUGUGGCUGAGCCUGGCAUCCAGCUCAAGGCAGUGAAGUCGCAGACGGGCCCGGGGCAACACCUGCGGAAUGCUCUCUGGCACACGGGAGACACGAAUGACCAGGUCCGGCUCCUGUGGAAGGAUCCCAGGAACAUCGGCUGGAAAGACAAUACGUCGUAUCGCUGGUUCCUGCAGCACCGGCCACAGGUCGGGUACAUCAGGGUGCGGCUGUACGAGGGGCCGGAGAUUGUGGCUGAUUCCAGGGUGAUCAUCGACACCACGAUGCGUGGAGGGAGACUCGGAGUCUUCUGCUUCUCCCAGGAGAAUAUCAUUUGGGCAAAUCUACGCUACCGUUGCAACGACACAGUUCCAGAAGAUUUCCGCCCAGCCCAACUACAGUCGCAGUUUUGAAGGUGACCUCUGAACUCCUGAUCCUCAAGAACCAUUGACCCUUGAACCCUGACAAGUGGCAAUCUCUCAUCACAGCCUUGAAUCAAUGUUUUUUUUCUGCUCCUUCCCCACGGUUUAGUCGGCAUCAGUUGGACCUGGGAGUGUCGCAAACACCAGGCCCGGGAUGAAGACUGAUCUGACUCGUGACUUCUCUCUUCAGUUGAUUCCUCAGUGUUGAGGUGAUCACAUUCACAACACCGUCUCAAGAGAUGUUUUGGCAGCAGUGGGGUGAAGCAGGAGCAGGGCAGAGCAAAGAGAAACAGAUUUUAGCCGGAGUUUCAGAACUCUGCUCAAUUAUACCAAAGUGGAUUUGUAGAAACUAACAGUGCAGGUGGAGGCCAUUGUGCCCGACUUACCUGUGCUGGCUCUUCAAGGCAGCAAUGAUGCCUAAUCCACACCACUGCUUUUGGUCAGUAACCUACUCGUUCCCACAUAUUUCCAACAAUAGACAAUAGGUGCAGGAGUAGGCCAUUCGGCCCUUCGAGCCAGCACCGCCACUCAAUGUAAUCAUGGCUGAUCAUCCCCAAUCAGUACCCCGUUCCUGCCUUCUCCCCAUAUCCCCUGACUCCGCUAUUUUUAAGAGCCCUAUCUAGCUCUCUCUUGAAAGCAUCCAGAGAACCUGCCUCCACCACCCUCUGAGGCAGAGAAUUCCACAGACUCACCACCCUCUGUGAGAAAAAGUGCUUCCUCGUCUCCAUUCUAAAUGGCUUACUCCUUAUUCUUAAACUGUGGCCCCUGGUUCUGGACUCCCCCCAACAUCGGGAACAUGUUUCCUGCCUCUAGCGUGUCCAAACCCUUAACAAUAUUAUAUGUUACAAACGAGAUACCCUCUCAUCCUUCUAAACUCCAGAGUGUAAACUCCCUUUUACAAUUAUUUCUGUAUUCAGCUUCCACAUUUUCAGGGAGAUUUCAGUUUCUGACACCAAAUGAGAAACAUCUCCAGCCUGAUACUUUUUGGUAAUGACUUUAGAUCUUGGGCUUUCAAUCUACUGUCCAGAGUCAAUGGGAUUCUCAAAACCUAUUUUUUAAACAGUUCCUAUAUGAGGUACGUGGAGUAUGGUUCCAAUUCUUGCUCAUAGUUGAAGCUCAUCAUUGCCUGGCAACAUUGCUCUGUUGAAGACACAAGGGACUGUGUAUACUAGUUAACCUAAUUUUUCAGUGGGUCAGGCAGUAUCUCUGGUGAUGAUGAAUGGGUGACAUAUUGGGUGGGGACCCUUCUUCAGUCUGACUGAAGUAGGGGGGGCAGUGGCAAAGCUGGAAAAGAGAGGUGUGAGUGGGACAAAGCCUGGGAAGUGAUAGGGGAUGCGGGUGAGGAGGUUAGCAGCAGGUCAGAGAUGAAAAGUCAAAAUGGGAGCUAAGGGAUAGAGGAAGUGUGAAAUGUGAGGUCAGAUGAAGGAUGAUAGGUGGGGAGGGCGAAGAGGAGAAAUGGGUGCACUAUCAGGUGGUCCCAAUGAAGGGGGGGGGGGGGGGGGAAGGGAUCGUUUAUCUAAAACGGGAGAAUUUAAUUUUCAUUCCGUGGAGUUGCAAGCCACCCAAGUGGAAUACGAGGUGCUGUUCCUCCAAUUUGCUUGUGGCCUCACUCUGGCAAUGGAGGGGGCCUCGGACAGCAAUAUCAGUGUGGGAAUGGGAGCUAAAAUGGUUAGCAACCAUAAGACCUCCAGUUUCAGGCCUCACUGGCAUUGAAGGAGGCCCAGGACAGAAAUGGUUGCGAUACUGACCUGUUUUUCAUUGCCUGAGUGACGUCGGUAUAGCACGCAAACUGGGCGAACGGCACCUCGUAUUCCACUUGGGUUACUUACAAACUAACGAUAUGAACAUUAAAUUCUCCAAAUGGAAGUAAACAACCCCCACUCACUUUUUCCCCCCUCUCUCCUGCGUACACAUUUCUCCUCUCCCCAAUGCCUUCCACCUAUAUUCCUUCAUCUUUCACUUUUUACACGGCUUCAAUUCUUUUCUCACACUUUUUAUCUUUUCCUCUCUGGCCUUUGUCCAACCAUUCACCAGUCAUCCCCCCCCCCCCCCCCCCCCCCACCCCCCACCUGUAUCCACCAAACAUUUGCCAGGCUUUGUCCCACCCCCACCUCCCUACCAGCUUUCUCCCCCCUACAAUAAUCAGUCUCAAGAAGUGUCUCAACCCAAAACAUCACCCAUCCAUGUUCUCCAGAGAUUCUGCCCGACCCACUGAGUUAAACCCCUGCCCCACGGUACGAGUUCAUUCCAAGAGUUCUCCCGAGUUUGCCCUGAUUCGAACUCGGAGAUUUACGGUAAUGGCCGCUCGUCGGUACUCGGGGCUCUCGUGGACAUUUUUCAUCAUGUUGAAAAAUCUUCACAAAUCCUCCCGAGCUUACCUGCCGUUAGCGGGUCUUCCCGAGUACCUGCCGUUGGCGUAACGAGCCGCCAAGAGACGUCCCCGAGCUUCGACGUACCCGCUACGUUCAUUCUCCGUGCUUAUGAAUUUGAUUUUUUUUUUAACUCGGGAGAGCUCUUGGAAUGAACUCGCACCAUGGGACAGGGCUGUAACUCCAGCACUUUAUGCCAAUGUUGCUCUCUUCCUUUCCAGUGCCCUUCGAUUCCUCCCAUUUUAAAGGGCUAGACAAAAUUGGCCGAAAAUGGAGUAUUUAACAGGUACUACUAGCCCUUCAGCCCAAACCCUCUUUACAGUUGUUGGGCUUAGUGAGGAACUCGAUGAAGACUGCACAUUUGGAAAGCAGUGGCUGUACUCCUAAGAGCAAAAUCCAUGGAGCGUUGGGAAGGCAGGCAGUAGAUCUUAUCCCAGACUACAGGUAAUAAACCUGCUCACUGCACCCUGAAAGAUGGAAAGAAAAAGGGCAUGGGCUCAAGAGGUCUAGAGGCAGAGUCUAAAGGUCUGGAUUUGAUGGUCAGGGUCCUAGGUUCAGAUGUUAAGAGUCAGGGGUCAUAGUCACCGGUUAUAUGUGGUGGAGGGUCUUUUGGUCAUCAUUACGAUUUGCUAUUUUACUCUUUAUCAUGCCCAAUUGAUAUGCCAUUACUCAGAUGAACCCCAGCAAACAGAGGCUACCACACUGGGUCUGACUUUCUAAUCUCCCGUAAGCAGCCUGAUCACCUGGAUUCUCAAUGCCAACAUCACAAGUAAAUAGAAAUUUGUCUUGCAGAGAAAUGUAGAGAUUGUUACCAUGCGCCACACCAAACAUAAUAGGGCUUGAAAGGAGCAGCUUUUAACACAUCCAUCUUUUCGAAAUGAUGUUGCAUAUUUUCGUCAGCUUUAUAUGGAAUUUAUUGACAUGAAAUUUACUCAUUCAAAGAUGGCCCAAAUGUAAUUCACAAUGUACACCUUUUACAUUUAGCUGCAGAUGUUUUCUGAAUAUAACUAAAUAAAUACUACUCCCACUUUUUUGCUCACUCACAAGAUUGUUUCUUUCAAAGCUGGUUGGGAAAGUGAGGAUGUGAAGAGGAUACUUCAUAAGUGAUGGGAGCGGAAUUAGGUCAUUCGUCCCAUCGAGACUACUCCGCCAUUCAAUCAUAGGUAAUCUAUCUUUCCCUCUCAACCCCAUUCUCCUGCCUUCUCCCCAUUACCCCCGUACUAAUCAAGAAUCUAUCAAUCUCUGCCUUAGAAAUAUCCAUUGGCUUGGCCUCUGAAGCUUUCCGCGGCAAUGAAUUCCACAGAUUCACCGCCCUCUGACUAAAGAAUACCGAGCAUCACAAGUUGAAUGAUGUGGUUGAUAAGGUGGUG